UUUAAAAAUCUCUAAAUGUUUCAUGGAAGUAUGAGGUCUCUUAAGUCUUAUUGUUGUCUGGUGUGCCUGCAGUGCUCAAGUUUGACACUUAUUGACCUUGACUUUGACCUUGACCUGUUAUCUUAGUGACCAAGGUUAUAACUGGCUUUAAUAUCUGUUCAAAGGUAUGGUUAGUUCUUUAAUGUACAUCUAUGUUCUUUUGUUCUGGCAUGUUAGAGAGAUGUUACAUGUAGAUGAUCAAGUAAUGUUUCUGAGUCAUGGGUACAUGUACUAUAUAGUGUACCGGUAGGGUACUGUGAUUAGUGGUGUACCCUUGUAUGUCCACACAAUGGCAUUGAUCUGUGAAAGGUCAAUGGACUCCUGGAUACUGUCCAUUUUAUGCCAUAAUAUCUAUAAUGUCAGUGAUAAAGCAAUAAUAGUGGUAUGAGGGUUUGGCCGGAGUGAGCCAGAACAACUUAUGAUGGGCAGAGUGACAUUUCAGAGAGAGCCAGAAGUUAUCUAGGCUCUCUACCAGUACAGAAAAUUCACUACCAGGUCAAGUUCAGGUCAAGUUCAGGUCCAGGUCUGCACCCAAACCUGAUUAUAAUACAAGUAGUACUUUACCAACAGUAAUACUGAAUCAUAUGUUGGAGAGUACCAAAUUACUUAGCUCUGAAUACAGUUUUUUUAUUUCUAUUUUAAAGUGGCAUUAGGAAAUUAAAUGUUACAAUGUAAUCAUCUAAUUGCUAAAGGAACGCUCAUUUGGCAGCAUAUCACAUUUAUAUUGUGAUUUUGUAGCAAAGAGAAUGAAGACCCUAGCCUUUUUUCCAGCUGCUAGCAAGGGACAUGAUGUGAGAGGUAAAAUUCUCCCUGUAUUUUGCACUCUGUUAACAGACUACAUAAUUUCACCCACAGGUUCCCAAACAAUCUAGUACACCAAGCAAGCCAAGGCACAAUGAAGAUUUUCUCCAGUAUUCUCGUGGUCUUCCUUCUUCUACUCAAUGCAUGUGCUGUCAGGAUUAAUGAAAGGCUCCAGAAUGAAAUAGCAAAGAAGGUGGAAGCUGCAAAGACCCAAGGAUCCAAGUCAGUGAGUGACAUCCUGUCACCUCAGGUCCUGAUCUGGGACCCUCUCACACAAAUGUCUUGGCUGUUUCCAGAGGGAAUAAAAUGUCCUCUGUGUGAUGAACCGUUGAAAGUGUCGAAUUUUUUGGAUGGUCAAAGUGACUAUAGACAGCCAAUGGUACUUCAUGGAAAAAGCAGCAACAUACUGCUUGUAAGUCGCAUCUUGAGAUGUCCACAUUCCCAUCGAUUUUUCAGCCAUUCUCAGUAUGUCCUAGACUUCAUGCCAAGAGCAGCAGUGCCUUUUAUCUUGUCACACAAGGUAGGGUUUGAACGCAGUCUGGCAUAUGAGCUAUAUGAAAUGAUUUCAGCAGGAAUGGAAGUAAGUGAAUGUGUCAGACUGCUCAAUGCUUGCAGAAAUACAUACUUCCAAGGAAUCUCAGAACUGAUCAGUCAACAUCCUGAAGGACAAAUGUUCAAGAAUGGUGAAGUAGAAUAUUUCAAGGAGAUCAUGACAAGCGUUCCAGGGAGACUAAUGAUAAGAAGGUGUUUUGAAUGCAUUUAUAAUGAGAAGAAGAAUAGUUUGGAGGAUGCAGUAAAAGCUACCACUACUUCAGACUGGAUAAGCAUAGACCACACUUUCAAAAGUGUGAAGCACAUAAAGGUGCAUAUGAACGGCAGAUAUUUAACUCAACUAAAGGCACUGUGUACUGUAACAAAUGACAUUGGACAGGUGUUGACUUGGCAGCUCUGUAAGUCAACCACUUUCAAAGAGAUCCGACCUGUCUUGGAGAGACUCAGGGACAGAUUCUCAAAACAGAACGUUGUGUUAAAGGAGGUAUUCCUUGAUCAAUGCUGUGCAUGGAGAAAACUCAUCGAGGAAGUUUUUGGAGAGAACAUUUUGGUGAAAUUGGAUUUAUUCCAUGCAGUACAAAGAGUUACUAAGUUUGUUCCAAAGCAUCAUCCAUAUUCUAAAUAUCUCCUGCGGGACUUGAGAAUGGUGUUCAGACAUUCUGGGGAUAUUGGACUUGAAAGGCAAAGGGAAACCCCCCCUCCUCACCGUGUAGCACGCAAAAUGAAAAAAUUUGACAAGAAAUGGCGCAAGUUUGGAUUGAAGCAAAAAGGGAAAACUGUGUAUCCAAAAGCUGCACAGGAUGAAGUACGAAAGCUAUUAAAACACAUAGAGAAGGGAUGUGUUUCAGGUAUCCAGCCAGGCAAAGGGACAAUUCGAAACGAAGCACUUCAUCGUAAAUUAAACCAAAGAAUGAACAAAAACCGAAUCAGCCCAACAUUUGCUAUCGCUCUCAUGUUUUCCAUUAUCUACACAGUUAACAGUCAACUUGCCAGGUCAUACAAAAGGAAGCCACACCAUGUAGACACCAUAGAAGAAUUUGGACUUCAGUCGCAAGAUGCCAUCAUAACAAAUGAUGAAUCCAUGGAUGCUGAUGAAACACAGAAUAAGGAGAAUAUUGAAUGUAAAUUAGCAGUAUGGAAGUUGCUGAAGAAGUCUGCAGUUUCCAUUGACCCCACUUUAGCAUGUGACAAGGGAAUAGAACUGCUACAACACAUAUUGCAACUUAGUGAUGAAAUCAGUGAAGAAGGUCAUGAUCAUCUUGAUGAAAACUUGAAAUCCCAUGGACUUAUGCGUGUGCCCUCAAAUGCAGAUGGCAGCUGUUUGUUUAUGUCCAUAAGUUUCCAGCUGAUUCAGCUCCUCACAGAUGAAGAUAUAGGAACAAAGAUUUCUGAACACCUCUCAACAUUAUUCCCAGACUUAUUCUGUGCUGGGGAGCCAUGCAAUAUUGACCAGGAAACAUUGGCAGUGCGGCUGCGAGCUGCAAUGGUGGACGAAUGGCGUAACAAUGAGGAGGUCUACAGAGAGUUUGCGCCAAAUGUGAACUUUCAGACCGAAGCCUUGCAGUACCUGAGACGAGAUGUGUUUGCAGGGGACAUGGGGGAUUUAAUGGUUCUAGCUGUGUCAAAUGUGCUGAAUAUUGCAAUGAUUCUCGUAACUACAGACACAGACGUACCCCUCAUUCCAGUUUUCCCGUCAAAUGUGCUUGACAAAAGGGCAUGUAUAUAUCUUGCAUUUGACAGAGACAGGAUGCAUUUUGACUCCACUGCCAGAAUAUCCGUUAAGUCAAAACCCAUUGCUCCAUCCACUACACCACCUUCACCAAAGUCAUCUACAUGUACAUGCAGCUGUGGGGUCAACGACAAAACACCUCAAAAACGAUGCAAUGAAGAAGCUGAAUCCCAAUACAAGAGCCGGUGUCCAUGUGCAAAACAGCAAAAACCAUGUGGCAUCUUGUGCAGAUGCAAAGGUUGCAUAAACAGUUAUGGACAUAGGAGUACAAAGAACAAAGGAAGUCAGCUGAAGGGUGCCACAGCAAGAAGGGCCAAACGGCAAAGAUCCCAGGAAUGGAUGGACAGCAAGCCAGUACGUAGUAGGGAGUACAUGCAAAAAAAAGGACACAGUUUCAAAGCCUUUUCCAAAAAGGAUGACUUCCAUUUGAUCCAGCUCAAUAAGUCGCCAGAAAGUUCUGCCUACUUGAAGAAAAGGUUCACUGAAGAACACAUCAAGAGAAGGCAGAAAACUCUAGCAAGGCGAGACAAGUACGCAAAGUCUGCAAUGGGACUGAAUAAAAAAGGAUAUCGAGGGAGUAGGAGACCAAGGGCCUUAACAGCACGAGAAACAACAAUGGAUGCUAACACUUGGGAACCUGGAAUCUACAGUGCAGAAAAGGUGGUAGACCAGCAGUUGAAAAAUGGUAGCAUGCAGUAUUUGGUGAAGUGGAGCAGCAGUGAUAGCUGUACAUGGGAACCAGUGCAGAACAUCUAUGACCGCAGACUCAUCACUGCCUUUGAAGACUCACAGAGAGCUGUGAACAAUGACAACACUCAAGCAAAGAAAAAGAAGAAAAAGAAGAAAACAAAAACUUUGGGAUGAGCUUGGUACUACAACAACCAACAUCAGAUUUAGAAAUAUCCAUUGUGCUCUAUUAAUAUUAUCAUGAGGUCUGAAACAUUUUUAGCAUCCACUGAUGAGUACCCCAAUGCUGCCACUUCAUAAUCAUAUGCUUUUGAAGUCUUUAUUGUUGUGUGCUUGUUGUGAAAUUUACAGGACCCCAAUAACGUGAUUUUAAAGCCUGGAACUAGUGAUUCCAAAUUGCUGUAACAGCACACUCAUAGCUACAUAUCUUUAGUCUUAUCAUUAUUAAUCUAUUUUUGUUUUAAAAACUGCCAAGUGGGCACUCAAUCACAAUAUUUCACCUCAGUAGCUGCUAAAUUUAGUCCUUAAGGCUUAGUAGCUUGUCGAUUGAGCUUAUUGUCUAUGAGCUGUGUAGGUGUCAAAGGAAAACCAGGGGAUUUGACGAAACAUUUUGAACUACAGUUGUAUAUUGUGUAUGUCAAAUAUACCCUAACGUCAGACUUUUGCUUGUGUAACAGCAGUCCAUCAUAGUUCAAGCAUGUUGAGCCAUUUGAUAAACAUUGCAAAGCAGUAAUUGGUAUUGGUAUUGGUGGCACAUCUAUUCAAUUAAGAAUAGACUUGAUAUUCUAUUUUCCUUUGCUUUGUUACUAAUAUUUGUGUAUGUAGCUACCGUUCAUAGCUUGUUUGUUUCCUAUUAAUUUUGCAAUUGGCCUGCAACUAUUGCAAAGAAAGAUAAUGUAAAAAAAAAAAAUUUCCACUGACUAAGUGUGUUGAACAAGGUACUACAUCAUAGCUACACAGGUCUCUUUGAAUGUAAGAAUGAGUAAUGGUAAAUUUUGUACAGGGAUCUGAGUACUUACAUUGCAAUCAUACUUUUUUUUUGUUUGAUUUAACUGUUGUCUACAACAUCUCAACAGCCUUCUUACUGCAUAAUUAGCAAGUGUUAUCUGUCUGUGCACUAUAUUGACCUGACAAUUUAUUCAUUGUAAUGUUAACUCAGUAUAAAUAUGAUACAUGCUUUUGAAAAAGCAAAUGUUUGCAGUAGUGUUAUAGUGUUUAAGUUGCAUAUGUAAUAAAGGAGAUAUGCACAUGGGAAUUUGUAACGUUUCUCAUAUUUGUCCUGUUAUAAAAAUAUGCAUUUUUUUUGCAGGGUCAAAAACAGUUGUACAGUUUGUGGAUGUCUAGGCGAAUAGACGUUGGUCAGGAAUAGAAGUGCAUAACCAAGUAGAAAAAAAGAAGAAGCCACGAAUGGAGGGUUAAUGAUGGAGACUGUGUAGCUGCCCUGAUUAUAUUCAUUACAUACAUUUUGUAGGAUAUUGUUUUUUUUAUAUGCCCAGUAUUUCUGACCUGCUGACGUCUCAAUGCCUGUCGGAAAUUAUUUUUGGAAAUGUAUUCAUUAUAUAUUACUAGACGACACAAGUUUAUAGAUUGUGCAAAAGUUUCGAUUUGGUGGCAAUCCUGCAAUAUCCAAUAAAGUCAUUGUGUGUAUCAUGUAUCCUGUAGGAGAAUUGAUGGCAGAAGUAAGAAGACAUGGAACUCUAGGACUCCAUAGUUAGGGUAAAAAUUGUCAAAUGUCAGGAUGGCCCUUUGUUCCUUCUUGUUGAAAAUUUAAAAUGACAUGUACACCCAUUGCCUAUAUUAAUGAAUUUUUGAAAGCGAUUAACAACUUUAUUAUUCAACUUUAUUAUAGCGCAAAUUAGCAGUAUACAAAAAUGCAUGUCACCCCCACCCCAAUAGGGACUGCAAACAUUAAAAAAUGUGCAGAAACACAGUAUAUUUCACCAUAAAAUAUUCCAUGCUUUAAGGAAUGUCAGUUCAAUGUUUAGUCAAAAAUUCAACAAAUAUGUAAAAUUCUGCCGCACAGUGCACUAGCUCUUCAA